GGUCCUCCACAAUCUUGCGGGUUCAAUUCUCGACCAAAGACUGACAACGUCGAGGCUGCAGUCAGAGCCUCAAACGCUUAGCUACAGGCGAUAUAUAUACAUCUGGUGGAGUUGCUACGUAUCAUUCUUCAAGAAACCACAUGCUGUGAACAUGGAAGAAUCAGGGAACGUUUUAUUCUGUCCGCGACCAGUUUUUCUCGAGCACCACUCGCUACUGUCGCCUUGCGCUCUUCGGACGCUGAUUCCCGUCGUAUUGCUGCUCACUUGGUCGAUUGCCCACUUCUUGAGGAAGCCUCGGAGUCGGUACGAUGCUCGUAACAGCGCCGGAAGGUCAGGGGACCCUGAUGACUAUUUGCAGGGCGAAAGGCAGCCGCUGCUGAGUGAGCGUAGUCAAGCCAACAACAACUGGGGUUCGACGCGGACCCUCUUCCGUCACUCCAGCUCCAACCCAGCCGCCAGGAGCACCAUGUUCGGAAGAUUGCCCUCCAUCCACGACAGCUUCUUGUAUGCCAUCAUCGUGAUGGUUUCCAUGAUCAAUGCCGCGUACGUCUUCGAGUUCAUCUGGGUCCUACGCGGGUACAUCGACGACUCGGACUGGAACACUCCAUCGCCUCUGCCGACCUACCUCCUCUGGUUGUAUGCGUUGGCCCCCAUACCAUGGAUCUUGCACUUCUGGGAUCUGUGGGUGGUCUCACACGCGCAUUUCACCGCCCCGUUCAACGUCGACCGAGUCGGAUGGUCCUUUCGCGCGUUCUGGUUUGUCGGUCUGGCGGUGUAUAUUACCGAGAUCGUUCACACGAUAACCUACUCGCGGCAUGAGAAGGAGGUUGGCAAGGAGUGCAAGUACACGUGGUCCGCGCCGCUCGUCGUCACUUUGGUCUUUAGGCUGUCUCUCGCCGCUGGACUUGUCCUCACGUCCUUUAUCAUCAACAUCCAUGCCAUGAUGCUCGAGAAGAGGGCUACGGUCCACAUGGACGUCGAGGAAGGCGCCGAGCCCUACAUUUCGCAUUUGGCGAGCGUGGUUGUGGAUAGUCCACCACCAGGUCCAGCCCCUGCCCAGGCGACCGCUCGAGACCUCCCACCUGUGCGGCGACAGGACGGGAACAGUCCGGUUCGCAAAGCAGGGACGUCUUCCACUAGAACCGGUAAAAGCCCCUCUGCGGUGGGAACAAAAGGACCUCCGCCGGCUGUGACCGAAGACUUCCUUGCCCAAGAUGGGAAAAGACAUUCACAGAUUGAUAUGCUGCUGGAGUCCUCGUCCGCGCCCGAUGCGGCAGAGCAGCCGGGUUUGGAAGCGAUAGCCGGCUCCGUCUCGAACCUUGCGGAGUCGGUAGAUGGACAGGGAAAGACGAUUAGCAUGGUUGAAGCGGGGAAGGGCAAGGAAGAGAGCAACAAAACUGUGACGAUAUUGGGAAGCGCGACGAGCACUUCGACUUCCAAGGGCCUGGUGAAGCCUGCGACGCAGGAAGUGGAUGCGGAGAACGAAGAUGCCGCGAAGCCAACGCCCCAGAAAGCUCCUGAAGAAACGGUAAAACUCGGUGCGAAGGAGGUUGUGACAGACAUCCCGCGGGAACCCACCAUUCAGGAAACCUCCGAAUCAGACGCGAAAACGGCGGUUGCAGACUCGAAGGUCGAGCCAAGUUACGCGGCAGUAGCAUCCCAUGCAGAAGUACCAAGCUCCUCGUCCGGAGCUAGCAAGGCCUCGGAGCCUACUUCCAAUGACGUACAGCCUUCUGGCUCGUCUUCCUUUUCCACACACCCUACCGUGACAUCCGCCAGUGCAUCCUUCCCAACCCCAAACACGACGCGCACCAUCGAAGACUCGCCCGAACCCGAGCCCGCAAAACCGGAAUCAGCACCGAGAGACCCCACGAACCCACCCACCGCCUCUCAACCGCAACCACAACCGCUGCCGGCCAAACUAUUGCAAAGCGUCUCGACAGCGUCACUCCCAGGCACGGAGGGAACGUCCACGCCCGGAACCGGAACCAGCACACCCGGCGAAGGAGACGGCAACGACGAAAGCGAUGAUGAGGCAGGGGUGGAUGCGAGCAGGGAUAGUUUGGGCAAUGGCACGGGGACGGUGAAUUCGUCUAAGAAGAAGAACAAAAAGAAAAAGAAGAAGGGGAAGAAGGGGAAGAAGUGAGGGGCGGCGUUUAUGCCGGGAGACCAGCGAUGUGUAAUGC